AUGCCAUCACCUUAUAUCUUCAUCCCAGCACUAGUGUUCUGUGCACCACUUAUUCUCAGCGUAUUGGGAACCUUUACUGCAUUUGCGGCAAUUACUUCUUUUCUGGCUCUUUUCGUUGUAGCGAUCCGCUUAGGAUUCUUGGUAAUAGAAUUUUCAGGUGGUUUCCUAUUAGACACUAUAGAAUGGGGCGUAAGGAAGUUUACCCGAGAAAUUCCUCACAACGAUAAGAAGAACAACAAAAAGGAUACAAAGGACAUUUCUAAUAUAAAACUACAUCAGAAUCAUAAUGGAAAGAAACUUCAUAAAAGUAAACAAAACAAAUUGCCAACGUCAAAGAUUUCUCCUAAAAUGACUACUUUAUGGGAAAAAACGGAUGGUUUUAAUGGAUUUGUAAAUAAUUUUGUUAGUAAGGAUGAUUAUUUCAUGGCUAGCAACAAGAGACCAAAUGGGAGAAGGGCAAGGAGCGAUUUCAUCUAA